AUGCUAGUGUCCAAGGAGUCCACUCCGCAGUGCGCCGAUUCUACCUUCUCCUUCACCUCCAAGGUAAACGUCAUUCAACUCAGCCUCUACGGUGUCCUCCCUGCGGCGCUUUUGUGUGUCGUCAUCCUCGUGAUUGUGUUGCUUUGCUGGUAUUGUCGUAAAAUCCGCCACCGCUCUUCACUCAAAGCUACCAAGCAUGCGGUCGAUCCGGAGCGUGAAAAACCUAAUGGUGAACAAACUCAAUCUUCGCCAUCUAAAGGGAACUGGGGGCUUACUUCCAGCUCCAAGAUCUCGCCGGGGCAAUCCAACGUCGGACCAGCAGCAACAUCAACAGUAACUGCAUCUGAAGAUUUCCCAUUGUUGAAGGAACCACCGCAAAGUAUAACCUUGGUUCAGAUGUCAUCCAGAGGAGACGCGUCCGUACGCAACAAACCUCCACCGGGGUCGCCUCUGAGAUCUGGCGGAGAUCUUCACAGAAUGCUUUAUGGAGUCGAUUCCACAAUUUCUCAUUCAGUCCUUUAG